AUGGAUAAAGAGCUGGGAUAUAAUGAACAUCAACAGAUAUAUUUUCAUGCCUUUGGGGUUAGUUGGAAAGGAAGUGUCUUUGUGGGUCUCAACCUCCAUCCUUCUCCCUUUGUUCCUAGUCGAAGCGCCAUGAUCCCCAUGACCGUUGGAAUGAUUUUUAUCCAACAGCAACGCAUGGAGCGGGAGUCUUCACCCCAACCACCACUACACCGUAAAGAGAAGCCACUACACCGUAAAGAGAAGUCACUACACUGUAAAGAGAAGUCACUACACUGUAAAGAGAAGCCACUACACCGUAAAGAGAAGCCACCACACAGUAAAGAGAAGCCACUACACAGUAAAGAGAAGCCACUACACCGUAAAGAGAAGUCACUACACUGUAAAGAGAAGCCACUACACCGUAAAGAGAAGUCACUACACUGUAAAGAGAAGUCACUACACUGUAAAGAGAAGCCACUACACCGUAAAGAGAAGCCACUACACAGUAAAGAGAAGCCACUACACAGUAAAGAGAAGCCACUACACCGUAAAGAGAAGCCACUACACCGUAAAGAGAAGCCACUACACAGUAAAGAGAAGCCACUACACAGUAAAGAGAAGCCACUACACCGUAAAGAGAAGCCACUACACAGUAAAGAGAAGCCACUACACAGUAAAGAGAAGCCACUACACCGUAAAGAGAAGCCACUACACAGUAAAGAGAAGCCACUACACAGUAAAGAGAAGCCACUACACAGUAAAGAGAAGCCACUACACAGUAAGGAGAAGCCACUACACAGUAAAGAGAAGCCACUACACAGUAAAGAGAAGCCACUACACAGUAAAGAGAAGCCACUACACCGUAAAGAGAAGCCACUACACCGUAAAGAGAAGCCACUACACCGUAAAGAGAAGCCACUACACCGUAAAGAGACCUCAACUACACCGUAUAGAGACACCAUUCCUAUCGCUCUCUGGAACUGCUGUUGGACUGGGUUGUCAUGUCUCUGUUCAGAAACGGCCUUGGGUAAUUCGAGGCCCUAA